CUGAUUUCCCGUCCGAGUUUUCAAUCAACCAACUAUUGCUUACUCCGUACAGCUGACAAUUUAGCGAGACACCUCAAUAAUCUGCCCCUGUCGACGCACAACCCAUUUUUCCUGGAACUGGAUACCGACUUCACAACCCAUGACGUGCAGGUGAAUUCUACGAAUCCUCAAGGAGUUCGGGGAUACGAAUAGGAGGCGAUCCAGACCACACAUAACGUCAACUUGCUGCCCCCAAACCGCUGACAGCCACAGCGAAUAUUUUCCCUGGACUCCGUACGCGUACAUACACUGAACACAACCUUUACCGGCCUUCGGUGGGCUCCUCCUUGCACACUUCGCAUAAGCGGAACCAUCUCCUGUCAGGUCGCACCCUGCACCCACUUCUUUCCUCUAUCACCACUGGGCAAUCGUGGGGAGGAUCGCUAUUCACUUCAAACCUCGCGCAUCUUGUGUGUUUGAGAAGUUCGAUACCAUUGUUUGACGCAUCCUCCGCGUGCCGUCUGCUGCCAACUGAGUUCUUGACUUAUCGCUGGGAAAAGGCGCAUGUGUCCUCCACUUGCCGAGGUUGGAGUUUGAGAUUGCGCCACAACGAAAAGCAACUUUGCACACUGACAACUCGAGCUUUCAACCCUCUCCCUCGUUAGAAUUUCCCAUUGUGAUAUAUACGAGACGCACUCUCGAGUAUCUGGCGCCCCUGCUCUCGCCAACCGUCAACAGCGCGAGCCUCGUGCAGAUCGAUCAUCUGUAUACGAUAACGUUGACUGGAGGAAUCCCGCCCCUCCGCAACAACGGGCAUCCGUCUGGAUUGAGCUACUAUCGCCGCGCUCUGCCCUUACCCAAUGUGGUGUCAUCCGACACGAAUGGUAUUGCACCAUGCAAAACUACUCGAUGGCAUCCGGACCUCCAUCGGGUCCGAAGAACUAUGUCUUCGUCGAUGAACAUAACCGACACAAGCGCUUGAAGGUAAUGAGAGCAUGUGAAGGAUGUCGCCGUCGCAAGAUCAAAUGUGACUCGGCCACGACCAACACCUGGCCCUGCGCCGCCUGUGUCCGACUCAAGCUACAUUGCGUCCCUCCAGCAGGCGGCCUCGAUGGCGAAUCUGGCGAUACGGGUCCCGACAGUGCCAUCGAACCUAGCAUCGAGUCGCAGUCCUUUACCCAAAAUCCAACACCGUCGAUUCAACAAGCACCGAAUUAUGGACUGGCAACGCCGCCGUUCCCAGCGACGCAAACCGGCAACUUCUCGUAUGAUGCUUACGUCGCCAACUAUUCAAAGCCUCCCUACGACAUGUCAGGGAAAUCAUACGGUGGAUACUAUCCCAACCCUCAGCAAUAUUCUGGUGCCCUUGACGACCAAUAUCAAGCUGCCGGUCAGACUUAUCCUCAGUAUCAGGGCGACGAUGAUUCGCAGAGGGAGGAAAGGGCAGGCUCGACUCCAAUGGAUCAAAUGACAGCCGAAGAACUCAUGGAGCAUCUCGGCGAGCUUAAAAUCGGCGAAAAUGGUAUCGCGCCUUACUUGAGGCCCGAGAAGACUCAAGGAAAAGAGUCGGUCGCUCCAGUUCAGGAGCCGGAAGCGGAGGCCAAGAUUGCCGCGGCCUUCAGUACCGAUGCUGGCUCACAUAUUCGAAUACCCCCAGCACUGAUGCCUUCGGAUGAAGAGGCUUCCCAAGCCUUCCAAACCUUCUUCCGGGAUGUACAUCCAUACGUUCCUGUCCUAAACCGCAGACAGUUCUACGAUCAGUGGCGCAAUGAUCGGGCGUCAAUAUCUCCCUUGAUACUCGAGGCAAUCUUUGCGAAUGCUGGCCGGCUGUCUGACGACCCGGCGCAAGGUGCUCAAUGGCUGGCUUUAGCCAACAAACAUGAAGCCUGCUUCCUAGACAGUCCUCGUCUCAGUACAAUACAAGCACUUUUGCUGCUUCUCAAAGCGCGGGAAAGUGCUCCUAAGAGAGGAUAUUACUAUCGAUCAUGGAUGACUUGCAAAACAGCAGUUGCUAUGGCAAAGGACUUGGAGCUAGACGAGCACUACGAGACCCAUACUAGUGGAGAGACGUGUGAUUCUCCUAAAAUCGAAUGCUUGACCAAAACUCGGUUAUGGCAGACAUUGCUCGUCUGUGAGACCAUGGUCGGCGGCCCACAAGGUCGUACGGAUCUCGGUGUUGACCCAACAUCAGUUGAUACCAGCGUUAACCCACCUUCUUCUGAUGUGGAUGACUUCGAGAAGGCCAUUUCAAGACAAUUUGCUUAUUUCGUUCGAAAUGCCCGCAACAUUCGUCUGAUAACUGAUGUCUCGAUCAAGCUCAAGAAAAAGAAAGAUUGGGGAUUAGAUCAGGAAUUCGUGGCGCAUAAUGCGGCCUUCAAGAAAUGGCCAGACGAAUUGCCCAAGGAUCUUCAGGUCACCUUACCGCAGGGCGGAGGUGUACCGACACUGCCAUCUCAUUUCGUUGGAAACAUGCAUUCACAUUAUCACCUCGCCAUUGUUAUGCUUCAUCGACCGCAGCUCAAAGCUUCCGAAUCAUUUGGACCCGACAGUCAGUGGAGACACCAUAUGAGUACGUGUUAUCGGUCAGCAAAAGUGCUUUGUCGCCUUCAAGAGGCUGUGCUGGCGCAGUACGAUCUCACGGGGCUGCUGUACAUGCAAAGGGGCAUAAACUUUACGAUCUAUGCCAUCCUAACAUGUAUCAUGCUCCACUUGAUUGCGCUAUCCUCGCCGGACCCAGAAUUCAACAUGGAAGCAAAGGACUAUUUCGUCCGACACAUGCGCAUCUUGGAGCGAUGUGUAGCUGCAUGGCCCAUGCCAGAGACCGAGGCGCAAAUCAAUUCCCUUCGAGCGGCUUUCUCUGCAGACGUCAAUAGACCCUUCGAACUGAAGGAGUCUUUCCCCCUUGGCUCGCCUUCCGACCAGUCGCGCCCCUCCCCGACGUCUCAAGGAUCUUACGAAAAACAGCAACAACAACAGCAGCAGCAGCAGCAGCCAACUCCGCAAGGAUCAAUAAAGUCCGAAAUUCAACAGCCGCAACCCAAUUAUUUCCCUGCACACAUCAACCAGAUGCGUGGACCGACAGGCUAUCUCGCUACACCUCCGGUGUCUGCGUACUCGAGCGACUCGAAACCUCAGACCCCCAUGUACGCGCAGAGUUACGACGUCGACCAGAACCAGUAUGCCAACAUGCCGACGUCAGCGGGCGGGUAUUAUCAUCCAGGUACAUCGGCUCCUGAACUUCAGUGGAAUCCGACCCCUAUCAUCGACCAAUUCGACACUGCAUUCGCCAUCUCAGCGUCCCAGCUUGCGCCUCCACCGUCGAUGUACGGUGGCAGCGGUUCCUCGCCUCCUGGCAACAUGCAAAACCUCCAGAGCAGCUUCACCUCUACAGGAUCGCCAACGUACGGAGUCAACGCGCAAAAUUACUCGCAACAGCAACACUACUUUGCGUCGCAGUCUCAGUCGUUUCCGGACCUAUCCUCUCCCGUCGCAGGACACAUGGCUCAGCUUCCUUCAUCAUCUUCGACGACUUACCCAACAACUGGUGUAGGUGGAGGCAUGUUUGUCACAUCCCGACAAUGGCAACAGAGCGUGGCAAACGUCAUGGACACUGGUGGAUUAAAGAGGAGGUGGGAUUUUGAUCAGCAUCACUAAUAACCCAAUACCCGCGAAAAUAUGGCGAUUCUUUAAUAUUUUUUGGGUUUUCCAGGUCUCAUUUAGCAUGCUUUGACAUGGCAAGAGAGACUUUUUCCCCGCUCGAUUCAAUCCUUUUUUCCUCCCGGGCUGGGACUUUCCACUCUAUUCUGCAGAGGGACAACGUUUUUAUAUGAAGAAAUGAGAUGACGAAAUGAUUGAUAUCCAAGAUCAUGUGCGUUCGUGAGGGUGUGCGGCCCUAAGGGGCGUGGCAUGUAUUCGCUAUUCAAACCUCGGGAAAAGCGCCUUCCCCUUGGUGUGGGUUAUCUUUGAAAGAUCAAUGAAUCAUAUCGACCGUCGCAUGAGCUACGAAGAAAGGAAAGAAAUAUAAGUGUUAUGAAUUUACUUGAACGUUUUAUCCACGAAAGAGAAGCUCCGCGAGGAGAUGGAUGGGCUACCUAUACUUUAGGUUGAGGGAGUAUUCAUGGACGAAGUGCCUCGAGAUAGGAUAGUAAAAUAAGUAUAUUAGCCUCAAUAUCAAUGCCAAUCCCGCGGCUGAGAUUUAG